AUGGCCCCUUACAAACGAAAUUUGAGAGAGCUCCUGAGCCAUUUCUACCAUGAAAUUGAUCCAAUGCGAUUUGUUCUUGUUUCAAAAGGUCAUGGUGAUAACCAAAUACAUGGGCUUGCAAUGUGCAACGUAGGCAUCUCAGCCGGCGACUGCUCAAUUCGCAUCGCCAACGCAACCGAAAACAUCUGCCAGAGGUGUCCUUAUGGUAAAAUCGGACUUUCAUGUCACGAUGAUUGUCUCUUGAGGUACUCAAACAGCAACUUCUUUGGUAAAGUUGAGAACAAAACUGCAACAUUGGAUAAUUGGCGAAGUGUCCAUAGGCCUUCGUCAUUUAAUAUGAAGAGAUUAGAUCUUUUGAGAAACAUUCCAUUGAAGCAUAGCAAACAUCAAAGAUGUAUGCCACAGAAGAGUUAG